GAGAAACCUUACAGCUGUGAUCAAUGUGGAGGAGCUGCAGAGAUGCCACAGCCCUGAAUGAACACAUGCGUACACACACAGGAGAGAAACCUUUUCGCUGCCAUGUCUGUGGAAUGAGUUUUUCUCGACAAAGCAACCUGAAUGUACACAUGCAUACACACACAGGAGAGAGGCCUUGCAUCUGUGAUCAAUGUGGGAAGAGCUUCACUCGGUCAACGGACCUGACCAAACACAGAGUCAUUCACACACAGGAGAGAAACCUUAUAGCUGUAAUCUAUGUGGGAAGAGAUUUGCUCGGUCAGGACUGCUGACUGAACACCAGAGAAAACACACUGGAAAGAAACCUUAUAGCUGUAAUCUAUGUGGGAAGAGAUUUGCUCGGUCAGGACUGCUGACUGAACACCAGAGAAAACACACUGGAAAGAAACCUUAUAGCUGUAAUCUAUGUGGGAAGAGAUUCGCUCAGUCAGGAAACCUGACGAGUCAUCAGAAAACCCACACAGGCGGAGAGAAAAACGAGGCGGGUGGAGAGGGAACCCACACAGGAAAGAUACAGGAAGAAUCUACUGUGGCACCCAUGAGGCCCAGUCAGUCUGAUGAUGAUGAUGAUGCUGCAGACUGCGAUGAAGAAUGGGACAUGGAAAACAAGGAUCGGUGUCUUAGCAACGGGCUGGAGGCGGAGUCAGCUCCAGAGAACCACACCCCAGAGCAGAGGCAGAGGGGUGACAUGUCUCUCCCACCCGCCUCCCCUCUCCCCGAGUCCCCAGGUCCUGCCUCUCCCGCUGGUACAUUACUACUGGGUUUGAAGAGGGUGUCUGUGCGGCUGGUUGACUGCAGGAAAACACUGGGACUGAGUGGAACUACGAGAGGAGGAGAAGAGAAGGGAUAUGGAGAUUCAGAUUCGAUGUCAUCAAGUAGGAACAAUGGGGACAACCCUAACGGUCGCUCGCUCAGUGGGAGGGUCUUAUCAUCUGGGAAGGCUCCAGGGUUGAACGUGAUCCAGCGACCUUACAGCUGUGAUGUAUGUGAGAAGAGUUUCACUCAGUCAGGAAACCUACGAAGACACCAAACGGACAACAUGAGUGAAGAGAAGGAGGCAUUGCUGGAAGAAAUCGAACAGAGUUUAUUUACUCUAACUAAGGAUCAUUUACUUUACCUGUGUGAACGUUGUGGAAUAGAUGGCUCCCAAGUUAAAGGAAAGAACCAUCGCUCGUUGCGACGUAAAAUCAUGGAGGAAAUGUGGGAAAAUGCAGAUUCUGUGAAAUCGGAGGAGCAGGGAAUGUCUUGGUUACUCCGACUGAAAGAUGACAUCAGAAAGAUGCAUAAAGAAUCUAGUGUGGCACCCAUGAGUCCCAGCCAGUCUGAUGACGAUGCUACAACCUGCGGUGAGGAAUGGGACAUGCAGGACAAUGAUUGGUUUCCUAGCAACGGGCUGGAGGCGGAGUCAUCUCCAGAGAGGCAUACCCCAGAGCAGAGGGAGAGUGGUGACAAGCCUACUUCGCCACCUUCCUCCCUCCAGUCCCUGGGUUGUACCUCUCCCAGGAGUUCCUUCCUGCGGGGUCUGAAGAGGGCGUCUGUGUGGCUGGACGACUGCAGGAAAACACCCGGGCUGAGUGGAACUGUGAGAGGUGGAGAUGAAGAGGGAGAUUUGACUGAUCAAAGAGAGAGACAUGACUAUCCUGGUUCCUCUGGGGCACCUCAACAACAUCCUGACGCUGACAAGGCAGAGAAAAGUCUCUCCAGAUCAGAACACCUCGAGAAACAUGAAUGGAGACCCACAGGGAUGAAACCUCACCGCUGCUCUGACUGUGGGAAGAGUUGCAAAUCUUCAUCAGCACUAAAAAAACACCAGACAAUCCAUACAGGAGAGAAACCUUAUAGCUGUUCCCAGUGUAGGAAGAGUUUUGCUCAGUUACAAGAACUGAAAGUACACCAGAGAACACACACAGGAGAGAAGCCUUAUAACUGUGAUCAAUGUGGAAAGAGUUUUUGUUAUUCAAGCCAGUUUAAAGUACACCUGCAGAGACACACAGGCGAGAAGCAUUAUAGCUGUUCAGACUGUGGGAUAAGCGUUUGUACCUCAAGUCAGCUGUUAUUGCACAAGCGAACCCACACAGAAGAGAAGCCUUACAGCUGCUUACUGUGUGAGAAAAGAUUUUCGUCAAAAUAUAGUCUGAAAUUACACCAGAGGGUCCACACUGGAGAAACUAAUUAUGGCUGUGAUCAGUGUGAGGAGAGUUUCACCUCGUCGGCAGACCUCAGAACUCACCAGAGAAUCCACACCGGAGGGAAACCUCACCUCUGCUCCCAGUGCGGGAAGCGCUUCCGCCAACAGUCUGGCUUGAAAAGCCAUGAGAGGAUUCACACAGGAGAGAAACCUUUCCAGUGCUCCCACUGUGGGAAGACAUUCAGCCACAGGGCCACGUUUAAGGCACACCAGCGGACUCACACCGGAGAGAAGCCUUACCAAUGCUCCCAGUGCAGGAGGAGUUUCUCCCAAAUGGGCCACCUGAAAGUACACCAACAGACGCAUGCUAAAGUGAGAUCCCACCUCUGCCCACAGUGUGGUAAGGGCUACUACUCUCUAGACAUCUACAAUGCACACAUGAGAACACACAACGGGGAGAAGACUCACCACUGCACCGACUGUCCCAAGAACUUCCUCACCCUGACUCAGCUCAAAACACACCAGCGGACACACACAGGAGAGAAACCGUACGUCUGCGACCAGUGUGGGAAGAGCUUUGCUGAGUCGGGAAGCCUGACUCUACACCAGCGCUCGCACACCGGGGAAAAACCUUACCACUGCUCGGAGUGCGGGAAGAGCUUUGCUCGCUCCGGGGCACUGAAGAAGCACCAGCUUACACACACUGGGGAGAAGCCUUACAGCUGUGGUCAGUGUGGGAAGAGGUUUCCCAGGUCAGAUACUCUGGCUACACACAUGAGAACACAUACAGGAGAGAAGCCCUAUAGGUGUGAUCCAUGUGGUGAGAGGUUCUCCUAUCAUAGGUGCCUGGUGAAACACAUGAAAACACAUGUAGGAGAUACACCAGCCCUCGAGCGACCAAUCACCCUAGGCCUCAGGGUUGAAGGACCCAUCCAUCAACCAAUCACACCAGGCCAAGGGUAAAAUGGAAAUGUCUUACAGAUUGCAUGGUAGCAAUUGAAAGAAAAAAAGUUGAGCACACAACAGUUCACCUGACACAAGACUGAAUCCAAACAUUACUGUUGAUUUGAUAUUUUUCUGUACUUUAGGCCACAUUGAUAACAUGUUACUAAACAGCCAUUGCGUUCCAAUUUCAACCUGUAUUCAAUUCGGGUGUGAGUGUAAAGCGUAAUGGCAUAUAACAACAUUAGUAGUUUUAUUAUUCAAUAUUGUUAUUAAUAUGGGUUCGUUGCUGAGUGUUGUAACAUGGUGCCAAUUUCAAGGCUAUAUUUCUUGAAUUGGUUUCAGAAUGUGUUGACCCUGAUUUGUUAGAUACCCCCCUCAGCAUUUACAAGCUGAUUGUUAUGUUGUUGACUUGUUUAUACAUUUAGGACGUUUCUAAAAAUCUGUUUUAUACCAGGUUAGAACAUGCAUCCUUUUGUCCUGAUCUGGUCCCACAUUCUGAUUGUGACCACAUUUUAAGACCGGGUGUAGACAAUUAAAGGACACAUUGCGACCAGAUCUUCCUGCCUACCCCCGGAGGUAUUCAGGCACACAUUGUGCAGAUGGAACUGGACAGAUGGUUGCUGAUAAUGGGCCUCUGUACGCCUAUGUAGAUAAUCCAUACAAAAUUAGCUGUUUCCAGCUACAAUUAGUCAUUUACAACAUUAACCAUGUCUACACUGUAUUUAUGAUGAAUGUGAUGUUAUUUUAAUGGACAAAAUGUGCUUUUCCUUCUAAAACAAGGACAUUUCUAAGUGACUCCAACCUUUUGAAUUGUAGUAUAUGUUAUAUAAAGCUACAGUCAUAGUCCCAAAUAGAACCCUCUUCUCUAGGACAUAUAUAUAAAGCUGCAGUCAUAGUCCCAAAUGGAACCCUAUUCUCUAGGACAUAUAUGGAACCCUAUUCACUCAGACAUAUAUAUAUAUAAAGCUACAGUCGUAGUCCCAAAUAGAACCCUCUUCUCUAGGACAUAUAGUGCACUACAUCUGACCAGAGUCCUAUGGGAAUAGUAUCUUGUCAUUUUGGAUUUCAUCAAAAGACUACAUUUUCUUUAUUGCUGUGCUGGUGUACAUGUAGAGUUAUUCAGUUAUCUAUUACCUCCAAGUUGUCAAUAAAAAAAUACCUUGACUAACAA